AUGCGAUACUAUUUGGCAACAUUGGACAAAAAGCUUGCAAAGCUAUUUGCUUGGUAUACAAGUAAUUAUCUUGUUGAUUAUUGUCCUAUAUUUAUUAUCGUUCCAAUUUUACUUACGGGUAUUCUCGGAAUUGGAUUCAUUUGGAUUAAUGAACUCACUUUACUCAAUGCUCGAAAAUUAUAUACGCCAACAUCGGCACCAGGCUGGAAGGAAGAAAGAAUUAUGAGAGAAUUAUGGCCUAUACGUAUUAAUGAAUUUUUACCUGAGAGAACAUUUGAAUGGAAUCGUUAUUUGUACGUUGUUGUACAUGGGCGUAAAUAUCCUAAUGGUACAUUUCCAAAUAUUCUCAAUGAUUCAUAUUUGAAUGAAAUUGAAUUGUUGGAAAGAAGUAUUGCGGAAAAUGUUUCAUUCACAAUGAAAGAUGAAUGGCUUCAUAAUAAUGUUACAGCAAAAUUUGGUAGUAAAAUAUAUUUUCAGGAUUUAUGUUUGAAUUGGUACGGUGAAUGUUAUCGUCAAACAAGUUUGAUUAAAUUGCUUCAAAAUCGUUAUGAAUUAGAAAAGCAUGGUAUUAGUAUUACAUAUCCUCGUGCUAAUACUAAUGGAACACCGGUGUAUUUAGCUUAUAAUAUUGGUGGUGUACGAGUUGAUGAAAAUGGUAUAAUCAAGUCAGUGGAAGGUAUGCGUUUGUGGUACUUUUUACGUUUCGAUCAUCCACAAAUUAAUGAAAUGGCUAUUGCUUGGGAGGAUGCUGCAGCGAAGUUUAUAACAGAAAAUUUUUCCAACAAUUCGUUGACUGAAAUUCACAUUCAGCAUUCACGGACAAUUGAUCAAGGCUUAACACGUAAUGCGAAUCGAUUGAAGCCUUAUUUUGUGGUUACAAUUAUUGUGUUGAUCUUCUUCAGCACAUUCAAUUCGAUGGAAUGGAAAUUUUGCAAUGAUAAAGGAAUGAAUUUCAUUCGAAUUGAUUGGCUUCGAUCAAAGCCAUUGCUUGCGCUUUGCGGCGUGUUUUCAUCAACAUUAGCAAUCAUAAGCGGUAUUGGUUUGCUAUUAUGGUUUGGAAUGUUUUUCGCUGAAAUAACCCUUAUAGCUCCAUUCCUCGUUCUUUCUAUUGGAGUUGAUGAUAUGUUCAUUAUGGUAGGAGCAUGGCACGAUGCUGAAAAAAGUUUUCCUGGAACUGAUUAUGUUACCCUAAAAGCUCGCAUGGUAAAUACGCUAUCGGAAUCAGCUGUUGCCAUAUUUAUUACCAGUUUUACGGAUGUCUUAUCAUUUGCCAUUGGUUGUUUUACGGAUAUUAUUGCUGUACGUGGAUUUUGUGCAAUGACUUCUGCAUGCAUGUUUUUUACAUUUCUUUAUCAGCUUACUUUUUUUGCUGCGAUGAUGGUAAUUAGUGGUAAAAUGGAAUUAGCUGGACGGAAUGGUUGCAUACCAUGUUUGAAAACUUCCGAUCAUAUUGAUGAUAAUAAAAUGGAUGGAUAUGGAGGAAAAGUUUGGAAUUGUGCUGAAAAUGCAAAUAAAAGUGGAAGGAAAUGUGUUGAAUAUGAGACAAAAAAGUUAGAAGACGCAAAAUGUUACGAUAACAUAUGCAAGGAUAAAUUCGCCAGUGAUAAUCACAAAUCAUAUCAUAGUGGUAAUGUUAACAUUGAAAUGCUAUCGGAUAAGAUGAAAGUAUCGAAAAAAUCAUCUACCAAUGGGAUGAAAUUAUUUUUUCGGAAUAUAUAUGUUCCAAUGUUGUUGGAUAAUCGAACUAAAUGCAUCAUUCUGAUCUUAGUCAUCGUUUAUCUUAUCCUAGCAAUAUACGGUAUUAUUUGUAUGGAGCAAGGUUUAGACUAUGAUAAAUUACUGAUUGAAACGGAUCCUGUUGUACAAACAAUAGCUAUUGAGCUUGAAUUAUUUCAUGGUGGUGAUCAGAUUGAUGUAGCUAUCGUAAAAGCGCCCGAUAUGACAAAACCAAUAAAUCGUGAACGGGUGGAGCAAAUGGUUCAUGAUUUCGAGCAUAUGAUUUUCGGAAUUGGUCCUAAAGCGACGCAAGUCUGGACUCGGGAAUAUCAGAAGUAUGCAAAUAUAACAGGUGCAUACCUGCAGAAUGAUCAUCAAUCAUGGGUUGAGGGGGUUUAUCAGUGGUCACGACUUUUUGCAUUUUACAAAUUGUGGGCACAAGAUUUUGUUUGGGAAAAUGAAGAUGAUCUGCAAAAUUUAACAAUGAAAUCAUUUCGAUUUCGUAUCGGAUUAUCAGCACUUAAUAAUCCAAGUGAUUUAGUAAUGGAAUCUCAUGCUCUACGAGCAAUUGCUGCAAAAUAUUGGGAUAUGGAAAUUUAUACGUAUGAAUAUAGCCGAAUGAUUGCUGAUCAGCUAAAUAUUAUUUUACCAAAUAUGUUAUUAAAUGAUAGUAUUGCGAUUGUUAUAUUGGUUAUUAUUGCAUUAAUAUUUAUUCCUAAUCCAAUAUGCACAUUUUGGAUAUUUAUUGCUAUUAUAACAAUGGAUAUUGGUGUGAUUGGUUUCUUAGCACUAUGGAAUGUUAAGUUAGAUCCGAUAUCAAUGAUAACUAUGAUAAUGGCAAUUGGCUUUUCCAUUGAAUAUUGUGCUCAUAUCACAUAUAGUUUUAUAAGUAAUCCAAGCAAUCUUACACCCACUGAACGUUGUAUUGAAGCAAUGGAAAAAUUGGCAUGUCCAAUUAUAUAUGGUAGCAUGUCGACGAUAUUUGGCGCUGCAAUUCUUGCAUUCAUCAAUUCCUACAUGACACUUGUAUUUUUUAAAACAAUCUUUUUAGUAAUUAUUAUUGGUGUCUUUCAUGCUCUUCUUUUAUUACCCAUUAUUUUAUCUAUAACUGCACCAAUUAUUGAUCAAAUUAGUCAAAAAUUAUAUGGUUCAGUUGAAAUAUUAAAACAAAAAGAUACUCAUAUUUCAAUUUCUACAAAUCCCAAUAAUCGAAGUGAAAUUAUUACUGACACUCAUUAUUGA